AAGGAAUUGUAAACUUUUAAGAAUUUUAGGUUUUUCCAAAUAUCUCCUCGCUCUGAACCCUAGCAGCUCUCUCGUGCUCCGGGCGUGCCUCCCUCGGGCUCGCUCUCUUGCGGUUACUCUUUCUGGUUCUGAGACCAGUGAAAAACAAUGCGGAAGUUAAAGUUUCAUGAGAAGAAGCUUUUGAAGAAGGUAAAUUUCUUGGAAUGGAAGAGAGAAGGGGGUCACAGAGAAAACCUGGUUAUGCAACGCUACCAUGUUACUGGACGGGAUGAUUACAAAAAGUAUUCAAGUUUAUGCAAUAUGGUUCAGAAGUUGGUAAACAUAUUGAAACAGAUGGACCCAAAGGAUCCUUUUCGGAUUGAUAUGACAGAUAAGCUGUUGGAAAAGCUUUACAACAUGGGUGUGAUUCCAACAAGGCAAAGCAUCACUCUAUGCGAACGCUUGACUGUGUCAUCCUUCUGCAGACGUAGGCUUGCAACGGUAUUGGUGCGACUAAAAUUUGCUGAGCACUUGAAAGAAGGUGUCACUUACAUAGAGCAGGGUCAUAUACGAGUUGGUCCAGAGACAGUUACAGAUCCAGCUUUCCUUGUAACUAGGAAUAUGGAAGACUUUGUUACAUGGGUGGAUUCCUCCAAGAUAAAAAGAAAGGUGCUUCAGUACAAUGACAAAUUGGAUGACUAUGAUUUAAUGAAUUAAGUGGUAAGCUCAUUGUUGGCUUAUUGUGGUUUUACUAUGUGAAUUGUGGAUGAGGUUUUCUUUUGGCGGGUAGUUCAGGCAGGCUUGGAUUUUAACAUAUAUUUUUUUUAAUUUUAUUUUAAACACAUCUGAUUCAGGUGAUGGUGUAAUUAACCUGGAAAAUAGUGAACCGAGAUUAAUUAUUGGAUCUGUUUCAGCUUGAAAUUUAAGUGAAUGAUAGGCCAUUUAGGCUGAUUAGUGAUAGGAUAAUGUUUUAAAAGGAUAGCCUAUUUGCAAGGAUUUGCCUUUCUGGACUUACAACUGCUUUAAAGUAAAUUAUAAUAUUCUAAAUUAAUUAUUGG